AUGCCAAGACCUGGUGAAGUUGAUUUUAUUUAUUGUGGUCCACCUUGUCAAGGAUUUAGUGGUGUGAAUCGUUAUCAAAAAGCCGACGAUAUCAAAAAUAGUCUUGUAGCAACAGCGUUGAGUUAUGUUGAUUUUUAUAGGCCUGAUUACUUUUUAUUAGAGAAUGUUCGUGGAAUGCUUUCAUUUCGUCUAGGAGGAGAGCAAGAUGGUAUUAAGAUAAAAGGAGGAAUCAAGAUGGGCGUAAUUAAAUUCAUAUUAAGAUCAUUGACUGCAUUGGGGUAA